UGUAGCACGUGUAAAUAUGAGCUUACGGAAGUGCUUAGCGGAAGUAAUCAACCCAACAUGGCAGCUUCUGCGAAAACGGGAAGCUGAGAAGAACUUUUCAUCCUGAGAACUCUUUUGUGUCGAGAAUACAAGUUUAGAAACGCCAUCCUUGUCUUACUGCCAUUGAAAUUUGCUUCGAAUCGAUGCGUUUUCACGACGCCGUUGCACGUGUUUCCUUGUCAAGCGGACACUGAUCGACAUCAAAAGCCAGCUAUGUCAUCUAUAAAGGACAACACAGAUGUUGCCUGUUAUUUCAUCACAAAGCACUCAUGGAAAGGAAAAUACAAGAGAAUAUUUUCUGUUGGGACACAUGGAAUCACGACCUACAAUCCGAACACAUAUGAGGUGACAAAUCAGUGGCCCUACAGUGAGUUCAUCAGUAUUGUACCCAAUGUGCGUGGACCCACCAACACAGAGUUCAUUAUUACAAUGAAGAAAGGUGUGAAGAAAACAGACACAAUGAAGUUUUCUACAGAUCACAGAGCAGAUCUUCUCACCGAAGCACUCAGAUUCAGGAAUCAGUUUGCAGAUGAAAACCAGAAGAUAAAGAGAUUCAAUGCCUAUAAGCACCAUUGGUCUGAUGACCGAGUCCCAGUGAUCUUGGAGGUGAACCAGGGAUCGCUAGAUCAGAUCCACCCAGCCACAAACCAAGUCCUGGCAUCAUAUGAUUACAACAACAUUGAGGGACUCACACAGGUGUCGGAUGUUCCUGGGGGUGUAGCUAUCAUAUCUGGUGGAUUCAGCCGGCUGCAUUUAUUUGCACUCGAACAAAAGGAUGAACUCAUGAAAUGUGUGUCAGAAGCAGGCGCUACUUGUGUGGGCGUCGCCAUCAAACAGAGGAAGGAACCAAUAACUUUUGAACAGUUUCAGCUGAACAGACUAGGAAAAUACAGCACUGAUGAAGCUCUGACAUCAUACACAGAAUUUACUGUGCAAAAGCUAACUCCUCGCCAUACAGACUCAGUUAGACGUACCCUGUGUCUCACAGAAACAUGUUUUGUUGAGAGGGACCCAGCAACAUACAAUGUUGUCACUUGUAAACCACUGUGUGAUAUUUUUGCAAUUGUUCGUGACCAAGAGAAUCCACAAAAAUUUUCUGUGGAGUAUGUGAAAGGUGCCAUACGAUACUAUCUUUCAACAGAUCGAGAUGCAUUGAUAGCAUCUUUACUUGAUGGUGUUCGUGCAUCUGGCAACAGAGAUGUCUGUGUGAAGAUGACCCAUACUGACAGGGGAUUCAGGCUUGGCCCCUUCACUGUACCGGUAGAUGAGGAGGUGGAGUCCCAGCACAUGAAGCACAUUCAGUCACCCCCAGUUGGGAUGACAUAUGAGGAGGCUGUGGCUCGUUUCAAUGCCAACAUUUCCUACAGCGGCCUGUUGCAUGCUGUUACACAAGAUGGCCUGUUUGCUCAAAACAAGGAGAAGCUAAUCAAUGUGACACUUUCCAAGCUGCUGGAAAGGGAAGGAGAACAGUCUAAUAUCUCAUCCCUCACUUUGGAGGCUCAGUUUCAUGCACUGCGCAGACUCGUUGCAUCAAAAGCAGGCUUUGUGGCCUUCACAGCACUACAAGGGAUGAGAGAGAAAGUUGGUCUGAAGAUAGUGAAAGCUUUAAAGAGGAAUGACAAUGGAGUUACUCAUGCCGCACUGGACAUGUUGUGUGCACUCAUGCAGCCAAUGCAUGACAACUAUGAUUUGCGACAAGAGCAGCUUAACAAGAAAGCAUUGCUGUCCUCAAGGAAGUUUCUCCAGGAGCUCCUAGAGCGCUUUAACCAACAUGUGGUCCACAGCACUGGGGCCCUUGUGAUAUCAGCCUUGUUGGACUUCCUCACCUUUGCACUCUGUGCCCCAUACAGCGAGACUACAGAUGGUGGCCAUUUUGAUGUCCUUUUGGAGAUGGUUGCAGCCAAUGGCCGCAUUGUCUUUAAACUGUUCCAGCAUCCAUCCAUGGCAAUUGUCAAGGGAGCAGGGAUGGUGAUGAAAGCAAUCAUUGAGGAAGGAGAUGCUGAAAUAGCGGCCAAGAUGCAGGAUCUUGCUUUGGCUGAAGGGGCCUUGCCAAAACACCUUCAUUCUGCCAUGUUCACACAAAGUACAGACAACAGAAUGCUCACAAACAGACAGCUGAGUCGCCACCUGGUAGGUCUGUGGGUCACAGGACACCCAACUGCAAUGGGACUCCUCAGAAGAAUAUUGCCCAGUGGAUUGUUGGCCUUCCUGGAUUCUGCUGCUGAUGUCCCUGUGAAUGAAGAGGACAAACUUCAUGUACGAGAUAAUGUCAAGCUGGCCUUGGACCAUCAAAACAAGAAUAAAAAGAACCCACAGCUUCAAUUGUUUGAAAAAAGAAUUGAUGGAUUUCUACAGCACUGGAGAUCUCGAAUUGGACUUGAAACAAAGCAGCAAAAUGAUCGUCCAAUAGUGCUACGCAACCGUCGUCAGCGCAUCAAAAGUGAGGCAAACUGGGUGUUGUUCUACUACCAAUUCAACAGAGACCAUGCAAAACCAAAUCUUCUGUGGAAUUACAAGACGAGGGAAGAAUUGAGAGAGUCCUUGGAGAAUGAAAUGAGAGCCUUCAGUGUAGACAAGGAACUUGGAGCCAGUUGUAUAGUGGGUUGGAACCAUGCCGAGUUUGAGGUGCCUUACCAUUGUCUAUCUGAGGAAAUCAAAAUAGGCGACUACUACCUUCGUCUUCUCCUCGAGGAAGAAGAAGAUGAAAGUGAAGAAACAAAUGCAAUCAAAAAGUCGUACGAAUUCUUCAACGAUUUGUAUCACAGAUUUUUGCUCACACCCAAAACCAACAUGAAAUGUAUGUGUUUACAAGCAAUGACCAUUGUGUAUGGUCGAUGCUAUGAAGAGAUCGGGGCAUUCAAUGAUACCCGAUACAUUGUUGGAAUGCUUGAAAGGUGCACAGAUCGUUUGGAAAGAGACCGUUUGAUUCUGUUUUUGAACAAACUUAUUCUCCAUCAGAAAAAUGUGAAAGAAAUUAUGGAUUCCAAUGGCAUCAAGGUGGUUGUGGACCUUCUUACCCUAGCUCACCUACACACUUCAAGAGCCACGGUGCCUCUACAGAGUAAUGUGAUCGAGGCCUCGCCUGACAUGAGGCGUGACAGUGAGAAGGAGUGGUACUUUGGAAAUGCAGACAAGGAAAGACUGGGGCCAUACAGCUUUAGUGAGAUGAAGCAGUUUUGGGCUGAAGGAACUAUCCAUGCCAAGACACGUUGCUGGGCACAAGGAAUGGACGGAUGGCGACCUUUGCAAUCAGUGUCGCAGCUUAAGUGGACGUUGCUGGCCUCUGGUCAAGCUGUCAUGAACGAAAGUGACCUUGCCACUCUCAUACUCAACAUGCUUAUCAAAAUGGCUGCCUACUAUCCUAGCAGAGAUUGUGAUGGUGCUAUUGUUCGUCCACUUCCAAGAGUCAAGAGGAUUCUUUCUGAAGCAACCUGUCUCCCACAUAUUGUACAGCUCCUUUUGACAUUUGACCCUGUGUUGGUGGAGAAGGUGGCAACACUUCUGUUUGAGAUCAUGCAGGACAACCCAAACAUCUCAAGACUUUACCUCACUGGUGUCUUCUUCUUCAUACUCAUGUAUACUGGCUCAAAUGUUCUGCCCAUCUCUCGCUUCCUCAAGUACACACACCUCAAACAGGCUUUCAGAUCCGAAGAGAACCAGAAUUCAGACAUAAUGCUGCGAAGUAUAUGUGGCCAUGUAUUACCUGAAGCAAUGGUAUGCUACCUAGAAAACUAUUCUGCUGAGAAGUUUUCUGAGAUCUUCCUUGGAGAAUUUGACACACCAGAGGCUAUCUGGAACAGUGAAAUGAGACGCCUGAUGAUUGAAAAGAUUGCAUCUCACCUGGCUGACUUCAGUCCACGCCUGCAGAGCAACACUCGGGCCCUGUAUCAGUACUGCCCCAUCCCUGUUGUCAAUUUCCCACAGUUAGAGAAUGAGCUGUUCUGUAACAUCUACUACCUCAAACACCUGUGUGAUACAGUCAGGUUCCCAAACUGGCCUAUCAAAGAUCCGGUUCGACUCCUGAAGAAUAUUUUGGAUGCAUGGAAGAAAGAGGUUGAGAAGAAACCUCCCACUAUGUCAAAUGAUGAAGCUUAUGAGGUUCUCAAUCUUCAAAAGGGAGUUGGAGGGCAUGAUGAGGCUAAAAUCAGAAAGGCCUACUUUAAGUUAGCCCAAAAAUACCAUCCAGACAAAAAUCCGGAGGGACGAGAUGUCUUUGAACGAGUGAACAAAGCUUAUGAAUUCUUGUGUAGUAAAUCUAAAGUGAAAGAGGGACCUGACCCUCAGAACAUAGUGCUGAUACUCAAGGCCCAGUCCAUUCUCUUCAGUAGGUACAGAGAAGACCUGGAACCUUACAAGUAUGCUGGCUACCCAAUGCUAAUUAAGACGAUCAAAAUGGAGACAUCUGAUGAUCAGCUGUUCUCCAAGUCUGCUCCACUCCUUGCAGCAGCCAGUGAACUGGCUUACCACACAGUCAAUUGCUCAGCACUAAAUGCUGAGGAGCUUAGGAGGGAAAAUGGAAUUCAGGUGCUACAAGAAGCAUUUGCACGUUGUGUGAAUGUCCUCUCACAGUCAAGCAAGGCUGAUGACACAGCUGUUCAGGUCUGCAUGUAUGUUGGAAAGUGCUAUGCAGUUGCCUCUCAGUUUGAAGGUUGUAGGGAAAAGAUUCAAGAAGUGUCUUCCAUCAUCAAAGAUCUUUGCAGAAUAUUGUAUUACAAGGACCUGACAAAGCUAUGCUGUGUUGUCUGUGAGAGUGUAAGUGCAUUUUGUGUGGACUUCUGGCUACAAACCAACCUUCAUCAGGCUGGUGUGCUCUGGCAUCUUCUUCUGUACCUUUUCAACUACGACUACACACUGGAAGAAGGUGGUGUGCAGAAGAGUGGAGAGACUAAUCAACAGGAAAUAGCAAAUGAAUUGGCUAGACUCAGUAUCCAAGCAUGUGCCAGGUUAGGUGGCUACUACAACAAUGAUAGCGCAUUGUCUAGUCCCGACAACCCUACAGUCAAGAAGUCACUUGGUGCUAUGUUGACACCCUACUUGGCCAGAAAACUGUCCAAUGAACAUCCAGCAGAGUUAUUGAAGAUUCUCAACAGUAACACUGAGAAUCCCUACCUUAUCUGGGACAAUGCGACACGUGCACAGCUGAAUGAGUACCUUGCUGACCAGCAACAAAUGAUGAUCAAAACUGGAGAAUGUGACAGCAGCUAUGGAGCUAACUUUGUGUUUGAUAUUUAUGCGAAGGAACUGAUUGUUGGAGAAGUAUUUGUAAGAGUGUACAACGAACAACCAACAUUUCUACUGGAUAAUGCCAAGGGAUUCACCAUUGACUUAUUAGAUUAUUUGGGAUCACAGGCUCAAUACUUACAUUCCCUGAUGAUGCUUCAACAACAGAAAAAAGCAUCCACUCAUUCAGAUCAGGGAGGUCGUCUGGGAAAAGUAGAAAUGGCCUUAGAAGCUCUGCGGAAUGUUAUCAAGAACAACCCAGGUGUUGAGAUUCAGUGUAUUGGACACUUCAAACUUCUGUUUGCCCUGCUUCGUCUAGAUGACUGUGCAAAAUUACAACAGUUUGCACUUGAGGUAAUCAAUUGUGUGACUGGAUGUCAGGAGUGUGUAAAUGACAUUGCAGCAGCAGAGGUGCUGUCAUACCUCCUCCUUACACUGCAGAGCAUACCACAGUGUCGUUUAUUGACAUUGGAGAGCUUGUUCGCCCUAAUGUCAAGCACAAAGAUAGUGAAAGAAGCUAUGUCCAAGGGAGCCCUUAUCUAUCUGUUGGAUCUCUUCUGUAAUGCUACACAUCCACAGAUUCGAGAAAAAACAGCUGAGCUGUUUGCAAAGAUGUUAGCAGACAAACUCAUUGGUCCAAAGGUCCGCAUUAUUCUCAACAAGUUCCUUCCUGCAAUAUUCAUGGAUGCCAUGCGUGAUUCACCUGAAGCUAGUGUGCACAUGUUUGAAGGCUCUCAUGAAAACCCAGAGUUGAUUUGGAAUGAUGAAGCACGGGAGAAAGUGUCUGAAACAGUGCACAAACUCAAAGAUGGGCAUUACAAAGCCCAACGAGAAGAUGCAGACACAAAAUGGAGCUUGAAAGAGGACUUUGCAGUGGUUUAUACAGAUGUUGAGGGAGAGCUCAUUGUUGGUGGAGUGAUUCUUCGACUCUUCAUCUCCAAUCCAGGAUGGGUAUUGCGUCGACCAAAGGAGUUCCUGACAGAGCUGCUGGAGAAGUGGACACAGUUAACGGACAUGACAAACCCAGACGGAGAGGUACUUGAAACAGUGACAACUGCAGUGGUGUGUCUCUUCCAAACUCAACAGGCAUUACUAGAUCAAGUGCCACAGCUGGGUUAUGUGCCAAGGGUGUUCCAGGUGAUGUCUUCAAGAAAUAAUGCAAUCCCCAAAGCAGCUAUCCAGGUUGCUUAUCAGCUGGCUUGUAAUGAGCUCUGCAUACGGAGUAUGGCCGCCACAGAUUGCAUUGGUGCCAUGAAGCUUGCAAUGAAAGUGAGAAGAGACAUGAUCGCAUUGGCUGCAGAAGCUUUGUCUAAGAUGUUUGACAAGGGGGAAGAAGAACUGGUGUCACAGGCACUAAAAAAUGAUUUGCUGCCAUUCCUUCUUCGACUUUUGGAAGGAGGCCUUGAGGCUGUUGAGAACCCUGCAGCUACUAAAGCUCAGAUUGUGAAAGCACUGAAAGCCAUGCAGAGGAGUUUACUUUAUGGAGAGCAGAUUACAGGAAUCCUUGAAAAGUCAGCAGUAUGGAAGGACUACAAAGAUCAAAGGCAUGACCUAUUCAUCACAGACUCCAACAUAUCAGGCUAUCUCACAGGGCCUACAGGACCAAGUGUUGCAGGCUACUUGACUGCAGGAACCAAGAUGACAAUGCCAGAUGUCCCACCCCCUCUCGACACUGUUCACCAAGAUGACCUGCACUAAUUGCAGUCCCUUGAAAUACCACUGAACAAUAACUUUCUGAUAAAUUACUAUGCCAAAUUCAUUGUUCAGUCAUUAACAACAGUAGGAUGUUUAUCAUAUCACACACAAUAUUGAGGUGAAAUGCUGUUGUCAUAAGUUUGGAUAUUAUGUCAUCAGUGCCAAUAUUAUUUCUUAAUUGACUUAUAUAAUAAGCUACCCUCUUGGAUGUGAUGGACUAUUUUAUACGAAAUGCAAAGGCAGUAAAUUUGACAUAGUAUGUCAUGUGUCCUCUUAUAGUUAGUUACAAGUAUAUAUGUUCUGAAUAAGUAGACAUAAUAUAUUGUAACAACUUCUUUAUGUUACUGUAAUGGAAACAUUUGGUAAUGAUCCUUAUGCUGUUGUCAAGCAAGGUUGAAUAAUGAACAUGGCACAGAAUAUGGUUCUAAUUGAUCAGAGUUAUUUGGUGUAAGUCAAAUCAACUACAUAGAAUUCAAUAAGUAUUGACAAACAUUUCCACUUAGCGCCACUUAAAUAUGAUUUAUAGGAAUAUCUCCUGAUUACUUGUUGCCCAGUUGCAGCACCUGCACAAAGAUACCUGUGAAUCAAUAUGCUCUUUGCUCAUUAAUUGGUUUUGGCCAAGCUUCAACCUUUGACCUAAUUUUAUUCCUCUACUCAGUCAGUUGUUCAUGUAUCAGUGUGUAUUAAUGUACAUGCAGGAUAGAUGUUAUGUAAAACAUUCUUAUUUCUUUUAUUUAUGUGAGAUAAAAGGCCUUUCUUCUCUUAUCGCUAAACGAAAUAACAGUAUCUUAUGCAAUGGAAGGUAAAUGUUUCUAAUGAGUGUAUGAUAAGACUCAGUACCCAUGGUACUUUGAUCAUUGGUGAUGAAUGAAUGAGUUCAUUCUGUAAAGGGCCACCAGCCCAUUAUACUAAGUACAUUGGUUUGAUCAGUUCACCUGUACAGAGCACUAACUAUUACAUCUUCCCGAGGGAAGAGAGUUAACUGACUUUAAAAGUCCAGUUUCCACCCUUGCCGAACUAGGCUAACAUUGUUACAGUGACAUCGUACAACAAAACUGGCACAUCUUUAAGAAGAGAGUUCCUUUUCUUGAGAGCAAGAAAUAUAUACUUUGCAAAUCUUCUUAUAACAUAGAGGUUGCAGCUAUAUAAUUGUUUUAGUUUAUCAAGAGUUGGACAUAUGUAAUAAUAUUUAGGAAGUACAUGUUCCUUCAAAUUUGAGUAGAAUGAACACUCGAGACAAAAGUGGAAUUCAGUUUCCAAAAUGGCACAAUACAAAAGGGACAUAGACGUUCUGGCCUUGGUAUUGUAUAAUGCCUACCUGCUUCUACCAAUAAAUUAUGACCAGAACACUGAAACCUAACAAGUGUUGUUUGAUAGAUGGCUAUAUCAAUACAAUUGGUUAGAUGUUCAUAAUACCCUUUCCUUGAAAGAGCAAAAAUAUUCCAGCUUAGAAUAACAUUCUAGAUUAUUAUUCCAUGUUUGUUGUCAGAUAUCUUUACAUCUUUGCUUAAAACACAAUAUAAAUGCAUUUAUAUUUCCAACACCCUGCUGUAACCAAACCUCCCCAAAACCAUAUGUAUACAGCAGUGAUUUAACAUUAGUAGCCCAACAGGCUUUACCAUUUUCUGCCUUCUAUACUGAAGAUCAUAAGAACCUUUCACGAUAACAUUAACCUGUUGUGACAAUAACCUUAACCAGAAUGUUAUAACUUUUAUGUAAUGCAAAACCUUGAUUCAUGUUCUUUUAACAAUUCCUCUUGCAAUUAUGUUAGGGGUGUUUCUAUUCAAGCACAGAACAAGUUUACAGAAACAACCGUUUACAUUUUCAAUAUCAGGUGAAGGAUGAAAUCCCAAAACCUCUGCUCCAUAAUUUAAGAUUGGCAAUACUUUUAUGUCAAAAACAUGAAAACUGACACCAGCUGGGAUUGUUGAGAAUUUUCCCAGUGUUGAUUGUAGUAGUCAAUCUACUUUCAAUGUUGGUCUUGCCAAAGUCUUUUGAGCAAGAUACCAAGAACCAGAGGACGAUAACUGCACACCUUGAUAUUUAUAACUAGGGACUAUGUCAAUGACGGAAUCUCCAAUCCUAAACCUUUCAUAAUAUCUAAGUUUGCCUCCAUUUCUGAAUACAAUCACUUGGCUGUUUUAAAUAUUAAUAGUCAAUUUCCAUUUAUCACGAUAUAGGGAGAGUUGGUCAAGACAUUUUUGUAGGCCCUUAGCUGUUACAUCUAACAGGAUUAUGUCAUCUGCAAACAAUAAAAUAAACUAUUCCAAUGGACUUAGUAGUUGCACCAUGAACUCCCUCACAAUUCAAUUAAAAUAUUUCACAAUACCGUUAGUGAAACAUGAAAACAAAAAAGGUGACAGUUGGCAUCCCUGUCUAACACCAGAGUAGCACCUGAAGAACUGUGUAUAUACACACUCUAGAGAAAUACAGGACUUGAAAGAUCCACAAUGUAAAGAGUAAGCCAUUCCUAUACACAGAGCCUAACACUCCUUUCAAAUCUAUAUAGGCACCAUACGUCCUGCCACGUUUUUGAGACAGAUAUUUAUCUAAUAAAGUAUUAACAAUAAAAAUAUUGUCGGAAGUUUGGAAACCCUUUCUAAAACCUGCUUGCUUGUUAGUUAUAAAAUGUUCAAGAGCAGACCACUUUCUUAGUCUGUUACAAACAAAUUUUGCAAAAAAUGUGCCUGCUACAUGUACUUAAAAAAAUGUAAUAGAAUUAGAGGGAUCAUUUGGAUUACCCUUCUUCAAGAUGGGAAGUAUGACAUCAUAAGACAGCUGAUCUGGAUAAGAGCCACUUAUGAAUACUGCAUCAAAUAAUUGUAAUAACAUGUCCAGACUUUUAGGUGGGGCAUUCUUAAGGAAAUACACAGGUAUCUCACUUCAUACGUCCAAGUGGUUGACAUUUUAAUCUAUAUAUCCAAGAGAGGUACAGUUCCAGGCAAUUUUUUCAUAUUCCUACAAGCCAAUGAACAGUUACAGAUUAUCAGAAUAUCCCAUUGUUAAAUGUUUGUAUAUGUAUUUAUCUGCAGGGCAGUUACCUUUACAGUUCCAGUUGUUCCCACAGUGGAACCUCACUUCAACUUAACUACUCUGUGUAUUAUGCAUCAAAUAAAACUGUUCAAGAAUAAACUGUAAUAAAAUGUUUGCUUCAAAUCAAUAAUCAAUAAGGUCUUAAGCUGGAUCCCUCCUCACUUGUCAGGUUGUGCAACAUUAUCAAAUUGAAAAUUCAUGUAAAUUAAGCAAGGCAUGCAGCAUUUGUUCCUUUUUUGUGCAUGGAUGAACUCUGCCCUUCAUGGUCAUUUUCAAGAAAGGUUUUGAGGUCAUGUUUCAUGUUUUGUAAUAAAUGAUCCAUCACUUGACUUGCAAAAAAAAAAUAACACCUUGAAAAACAACAAAAUUUGAACUGUUGUCUUAAAUUUACAUGUUAAUAUGAAUGUUAAAAUUGUCUG